UUACCGGGUCCCAGCCGGCAAUUCCCAAGCGCAACUCGGUGAUCAUUGAGUAAAGCUGACAGGAGACAGACCUGUGUGUAAACAACACAGCAGAGAAAUACAAAGCAGCAUGUCUCCAUAGUAAAACACACACAGCAUAUAAUGUAAAACACACAAUUAACCCUUUGAUCACCCCAGAUGUUAAUCCCUUCCUGCCCAGUGUCCUUAGUACAGUGUCAGUGCUUUUUAUUAGCACUGAUCACUGUAGUACUUUCACUGCGGAUGUCAAUGACAGUUAGUCAGUUUACACCCAGUGUC